UCUGCUGUCCAAGCCAGGGAUUCUGGCUGCAGAGCCGCUGGCGCUGCUCUGCCCUCGCCCUAGAAUAAAGUAGCGGCCGCAGACAGCGCCUCCCCUCAAUGCACCGGAGCUAGAGAGCGCAGCAGCAGCCGCCGCCGCAGCAGCAGCCGCAGCCGCAGCCACAGCCUUAGCAGCAGGAGCCGCAGCCGGGAGGAGCGGUGAGCAGAGGCUAGUCGGCGAGCGCCCCUAUCUCUGCCUCUUCUGCCUCUGCCUCUGCCCCUGCCUCUGCCCGAGCCCAACCUGCCCGCCUUGCGGAGGAGGAGGCCCGCGGCCCCGGCGGCAGCAGCAGCAGCAGCAGCAGCAUAAGCCCAGAAGCAGCGCGCCCGACCGCCCAGCCACGGGCCGUGAAAAGGCUGCCAAAAUGCCCGAGGAAAGUUCUCCUAGGCGAACACCCCAGAAUGUCCCUUAUGGGGACCUUCCUCAUCUGGUCAAUGCAGAUGGGCAGUAUCUCUUCUGCAGAUAUUGGAAGCCCAAAGUGAUGCCAAGGGCCCUCGUGUUUAUCUCACAUGGUGCUGGGGAACACUGUGGCCGCUAUGAUGACUUGGCCCAGAUGCUGGCUGAACUUGACCUGUUGGUGUUUGCUCAUGACCAUGUUGGCCAUGGGCAGAGCGAAGGUGAGAGGAUGGUUGUGUCUGAUUUCCAUGUUUUCGUCAGGGAUGUGUUGCUCCAUGUGGAUCUCAUGCAAAAAGAAAACUCUGAGCUUCCCAUCUUCCUUCUGGGGCAUUCCAUGGGAGGGGCCAUUUCAAUCCUAACUGCUGCCGAAAGACCAAAUACUUUUUCUGGCAUGGUGUUGAUUUCACCUUUGGUGGUCGCCAGUCCAGAAUCAGCAACAACUUUCAAGGUCCUUGCUGCAAAAGUUCUCAACCUUGUUCUCCCCAACUUGUCCCUGGGGACCAUCGACUCCAGUGUGAUUUCCCGAAAUCAGACCGAGGUGGAUUCCUACAAUUCAGAUCCCCUGAUCUGUCAUACAGGGUUGAAGGUUUGCUUUGGCAUCCAGCUGCUGAAUGCUGUAUCCCGUGUGGAGAGGGCCCUCCCCAGGCUGACACUGCCAAUCCUGCUGCUGCAGGGAUCUGCCGACAAGCUGUGUGACAGCAAGGGGGCCUACGUCCUCAUGGAAGCUGCCAAAAGCCAGGACAAGACCCUGAAGAUCUACGAAGGUGCCUACCACGUCCUCCACAAAGAACUUCCUGAAGUGACAAGCUCUGUCUUCCAUGAAAUAAAAAUGUGGUUCUCUCAUAGGAUAACCACAGGAAGAAGCUCUUCCAAAUCCUAAGCAUUAUCGCCUGGCUACCAUGUCAUGGUCUGCAGGAAACAGGCAGAGAAAGGGGUGGAAGCUGGUUUCUUGGCUUCGUCUUACCAAAAUCUCAAAUUGGAGGGAUUCCUAGCACAAUUUGCUCUAAAAAAUAUAUAGAGAUAUAUAGAGAGACAUUCCUAUCAUGGGAUGGUCCCCCUGUCAGCUAUUUGAACAUUUCCUUUAAGGGGAGGGGUGGGGAGGGAGAAGCCCUUUCUAGAAGAAGAGCUCCAGGCUAAUCUCCAGAUAGGGUCUCUAUACCAAUGACUAUAGGAAGGAGCCCCUCCAUGCCAACUCUCCCCGCUCCCAUGUGGUUUCUCUUGGAAACCUGGUAUUACAUGGAGGAGGGGGUCUGCCUCUCUACUUAGGCUGCAAUAAUAUUUGCAGCCAUUUUACAACUGACAGUUUUUAUAACUGAGAGUUCUCCUAAUGGAAUAUAGAUCAGGAGGACUAAAUGCCCUGUUCCCCCACUUCCCACCUCCCAUUUGAUGUUUGAAUAGACAGAAAACGUGUCCUCUUACCAGAUGAGCUGCGUAGGAGAGCCAUCUAGUCAUGGGAUCAGUGUAUGUCAUCCCAUGAUCAAGAGGCUAAUUUGACUGUCUGGGAUUGUAGAACCUCUGGGGCAAGGCUGUCACCCCACAGCAAAACCGAACAUGGGGCACAUUCAGCUCCUUCUCAACAUAAUCAAGUUAUGAGGGAGAAAUCAGAGAGAAAUAUUCAAAAGAAGAGUGACAAGUUGCAGCACAGGAACUGACAAAGGAGAGAGAAUUCUCUUCCUCAAAUAGACCCUUCCCCUUUCAAAGGACUGAAGCCUUGGAGUGAACAGACAGAUCUGCUAUGUACCUUCAGAGAGUCUGCCUGACUUGUUUAACCACUGACAUUAUAAGAGAAAAAGCCGUAUUUAACAGAAAAUGUUUAAUAUAUGAUGCAUAUUAUAAAACAUAGAGUAUUUUGGUGAUUGAGAGAGGGUUAAUUAUCAGAGACCAAGGAGGGUCACCUCACUAUAAAAGUCCAUGUUGGUAAUGGUAAAACCGUCAAGACCCAAGAUAGAUGGCUGGCAUGACUCUUCACAUCUCUGUCUUCUUCAAAGGGUGCCAUUGGAUGAUUGAUAUCUCUUACAUGGCCCUAGAUGUUUGUCUUUGCCCCCAGCUUUGCCCAUCAGUUUUGGGGGCAGACAAGAAUGGUCCCUGCCAAUGGGGGUCCACAAGUGUUCCAUUGCUCUUUGGGAGAUGUUCAGCACUCUGAAGAACAGGACCUAUGGCUCCUUUCCAGGGUCCCUCCUCCCACCUCAUCCCCAAGACUGACUUUCAGGAAGAGAGCACCUGUGUCCAUGGCCAUCAGCCAGCUAAGGCCCCAACUGUCUUUUGGAGAAAGAGUCAACAUGACUUAUGAAAUACAAGCACUGAAAAUGGGAGAGUUUGGACAGAGAGCUAGUGGUACCAAUAGUGCUGCUAGGUGGCCUGCCAUCAAGGAUGCUAAAGCAAGUCUGAGCUGCUCAGAAAAUGCUCAGAGGAGAAAAUGAGAGAAAAGAGGAGCUUCCAAAGUGACGUUGGUCUGUAUGAGGAGAAUACCCUGGAGACAGUCUUCCUUCCUUCAUCAAUUCUGCAUGGAGGGCACUUCUUAUCCCAGGGUUUCCCAUCAAGUCCAUGUGGCACAGGGCACUGAGUGGCUUUGCCAGAUUUGGUCUAACGCAUCCCUGGACCCUGAAUGAUGUGGAAGCAUAGAAGCUUAGAAGCAAACCUGACUCACUGGUGUUGCUGCUUGGCUAACUGCUCCCUAAAUUCCACUUGGUGUCUUCAGAAUGAAAUGAGGGCCACCAAACAUUUCCUGGAGAAGUCACCAGUACCAAGGACACAGCUACCUCUGGUGGAAGGAUCUGGAUGCUCCAAGAUUGCCAACACAUUCUUCCCAAUCCUGUCUGGCUCAUUGGGAAAUGGACCUUGGAGAAGAGAUGGGAGAAUCAUUUGCCUCCUUUCCCAAGUCUGCCCAGCACAACCAGAAGAAUUUAAUAAUCCUAAAAAUGCAAAUGUGGGAAAGCCAGAAGCAGAUUGGAGAUUCACUUAAUUAACAAGCAGAAUUCAGGGGCUAAUCACUUCCUUAAGCCAAUGAAGGAAACUUGUCAUCUCUUUCUCACGCCCCAAGAGCAGAGUAAAAGAAGAUGGAAGGAGAGUGCCUCCAGCAUUGAUGCCAAUCCAGUGGCCCGCUACUUCUCAGGUGUUGUUUCCAUCGGCCUCCCUUCUCCUCUCCUCUCUUUUCUUCUCUUCCCUCAGUGAAUGCCAGCAAUAAACAGGGGACCAUGUGGCUAUGACACUGUAGUACUGUCUUUUCCAAAAUGGACUUAAAAAACAAACUGCAUGGUUCAUCAGACACAAAUUCCACAGCUGUUGUGAAUCUCUGGAAGGGACAAUUCAAGGAUGAACCCCCCCCCCAUCAUGAGGGUCCCUCCCACCCCAUCAGCCUGCCAGAUUCAUUGCUGUUUCCAAAACUGCACGUCCACUCCAACCUCACCCACUGAAAUGCCAACACCAAUUUCACAACAGAGAGGGGGAAAUUGCAUCUUUCUGUCAUCCUGCCGAGAAGUAAGAUUUUGGCCAAAUGCUUUCCCUCCCUUUCCAGGGAUUUUCAGAUCUGUAGAUCUAAAGGUGAGGUGGAACCUUGGCCUGACGCAUCUCCCAGAAGCAAAUAAGGUGCUUCUUGCUCCCAUUCUAGCUUGACUUCUAUGCCUGGGUCAUGGUGACUGAAAGUAAGAACUACUUCUAGUAUAGCCUCAUCCAUGCCUACCAACUCCAGGAGCACUCACUCUUUUAGCCAUGAGAGCCUAGGAUCAGGGAAGAGCCAAUGGGAUGAGCCACCUCAGAGAGAUGAAACCUUCUCCCCCAGCUCCCAUAAGACAAGGCCCCCUUGGUCACCUAGCUCAAAGGCCACCACUGGAGGCUGACAAGAAGGUUUUACUCAGUUCCAAAGAGAUCCAGAGAAUGACAAAUAAGCCAUUGGUGAGACCAUGAGCACAUAGUAAUUUCACACCUUAGCAUGGGCAUUACCAAAGGCAGAAGAUAGACAAGCACCUGUGGAUUUAUUGGCAAUAGACGCCAGAGUCCAUUUGGUUGGAGAUGUCUAGAUUAGAUGACUUUUUCUCCUUUAGGGUGAAUUGCCCGGGGAGGGAAAAAUAAAGCAAAGCUUGAGUUCUGGGCAAAAGAUUAGCCCACAUGUGCUUAGCAGGACCAAAGAAUCUAUGACAAGAGCACCAUUUUUUUUAGCUGAGGAAAAAAAGCAAAAAUCUUAAUUAGGGCCCUUAGCCCUUCGAAGCACUGAAUGCUAAGGAUGGGAGUGCUGAUCACAUUUAUCAACUUCCCUCUUCCCCCCGCUCCUCAAAGAAGCACCCGCUCCUCCCACCUUCCAGCCCCUCUAAGCCAGGACCCAGUCUUCCAGUGGGCGCUUUGAGACACAAGAGCCUUAGUUAUAUGCUGAGAAGAUUUCUGAAGCAAGAUAUGAAGAGGAAAACUGACUUCUGAAGAAACUAACCCAGGUGCUAGGGCUAUUUCAUCCAACCGCUGGUGGAGGGACAGUUCCCCUUGGACUGAGACCAGUCUUGAUACUGGACAGAAACAAGCAGAGGUACCCCAAACCUGUAAGGAAUAAAUGACCCCAAUCUGAGUAAACCGAUACAGCCAGCCAUGCCUGGCACCCUGGAAGGUGAGGUGAAAUAGAAGACAAAAAAAGAAGAGGGGAAAGUAGAGGGACAGACCGAGAGACAGAUCUGUGACUAGUAUAACUGGGUGCUGAGGGUACUGUCAAGCCAGAAUACACACCUGUGUGUGAAGAGAUUGUAUCCCCCUGUUGGAAUGUAAGCUUCUUGAGGGCAGGACUGUCUUUUUUAUACCUGUGUCCCCAGCACUUGGCACAGUGGCUGGCACUGAGUAAGUGCAUGUUGAUGGAGUGUUGGUGCCCCACCCUCUGGUCUCCUUAGUCUUAAGGGUUUUCAGAAUGUAAGCAUGUGAUACCCAGCACCUUGAGCAUGGUAGGAGUUUAAAGAACCUUGGAUUGGAUUGCAUUGGAUAGGAAUGGAUUCGAUGGGACUGGAAGCGUAGGCAAAGCUUUUGUAUAGGAAUGGAAACCAGUUGUGGCUGGUGAAGGUCCCAUGUCCCCUGGGAAUCUCACCCCUGUCCCCAGUGGUGAUGGGGAGGUGGCAGGUGGCAUGCCCAGGUCAUGAUUCCAAACCAUGUGGAUUUCCACCCAUCAUUGGCACUGCCUUCCUUGUGCACUAUUUGAUGAAACUGGGUUUCCCUUGAAGAGAAGAACACAGCCCAGAAGCGGCUGAGCAAUAGUAUUCUAUUCUCAUUUGCUUUUUUCCUUCCUGCCCCAUCACUCUAGCAUCCAAAGGCCCUACGGAACAAAAGGCCAGAAGCAUCUUCUGUUCAAUGCUCUCUUUCCUACCCUACCCUGCCCCCCGCCCCGCACUUUAUACCUAUUGCUAACAUAAACCUACCAAGACCCCCAAGUAAUUCCUAGCCCGUUCCUCUUGCCAUGCUCCAUUUCGAUUCAAUGACAUAUACUCAUAUAGACUUUUAGUGGGGCAAAUGUGUACAAGUUUAGAACUAUUACAGGAACACAGUGUAUGAUUACCACUAAUCAAUAAUAAAGCCUAUGUUUUCUGAA